UUUAUCGUUGCACUGUCUCCGUUCCUACCGCGAAAUUUGUCCGACGGAAAAAGAAGAAUAUACUCGUCAAAUUGAAGUUUGAGAAGUCCAGCUGUUGGUUAUCUCUUAAAUAUAUAUGUGUAGCCUGUUUUCUGUGUCUGAAUGCGCUGUGUCAAAUGAUUGUUAGCUCAAACAAGCGCGUCAAAAAAUGAACGUUAAAGUAGUGUCCUGGGUGUCUGUUGUGUCUUUGCUGGCAGUGGCAGCAGCAGGUGAGAUGUUGGAUAUACCAGGAGGAAAGAUGUUAAUGGGAACCAGUGCAGCUGAUGGGAGAGAUGGAGAGUCCCACACUAAGGAGUUGGAAGUGGGACCUUUUAAAAUAGACCAAUAUCCUGUCACAAAUGCUGAUUUCAGAGACUUUGUGAGAGCACAGAAGUACAAAACUGAAGCUGAGGCUUUUGGUUGGAGCUUUGUGUUUCAAGACUUUGUGUCUGAGGAGCUGAAAAGCAAAGUCACACAGAAAAUUGAGUCUGCUCCUUGGUGGUUGCCUGUAGAGAGGGUGUUUUGGAGACAGCCUGCAGGACCAGGUUCAGGCAUUCGGGAGCGCCUGGACUUCCCAGUGGUUCAGGUGAGCUGGAACGAUGCUCAGGCCUUCUGCCGGUGGAAGGGCAAGAGACUGCCUACUGAGGAGGAGUGGGAGUGGGCUGCGCGUGGGGGGCUGCAAGGUCGGUCUUAUCCGUGGGGAAACAAGUUCCAGGCCAACAGAACCAACUUGUGGCAGGGAUCAUUUCCAGAUGGAGACACUGCGGAAGAUGGAUACCAUGGCAUCUCUCCUGUUACUGCAUUUCCUCCCCAGAACAGCUAUGGACUGUAUGACAUGAUGGGAAACACGUGGGAAUGGACUUCCACACCCUUUCCUGCAGCACAGCCAAUGUAUGUGCUGCGUGGUGCCUCUUGGAUCGACACAGUGGACGGUUCAGCCAAUCAUAAGGCUCGAGUCACGACCAGGAUGGGCAACACUCCUGACUCUGCCUCUGAUAACCUGGGGUUCAGGUGUGCUGCCAACACUGGACAGAAACAAGGGAAGAAAAAUGACAAAAUAGAACUGUAGCAGCAACCAGGAAGUCAAAAAUAUUAAGUGAAGGACAAUUACAUUCAUUUGAAGCAGGUGUUAAUUUGAUCCAGGUGUUAUUAAUGAUCUAAUGACUUUCAAGUUGACAAAGAACAAAAAAAGUAAGGGACCAAUGAAUGAUUAAUGACUAACAAUGACUGUUAAUGAAUAAUGAUGGUGACAGGAAGAACUGUACUGUAUUUCUCCCAUGGAGAACAUAGAUUUUUUUAAAGUGAAUUUGAUAAAGAAUAGUCACAAACAUACUAAUACAUAAUAACAAUAAAUAAAUAAUGAUGAAAAAA